CUGGUUCCAACUUUUCCCGGGUCCAUGGCAUGUCGGCAUUCUUGGAUGACAGACACGAGGCGCUUCAGCACUUACGACAGCAGAUCGAUGCUGAUUUUAGCUCAGAGACCAUCUUGCCCGAGGAGAUUGCGGCUCGCAGCAGCUCGCCAGGUGAACUGAGUGCAUCGAGCCCUUUGAGUUUUCGUCUGGCAGUUCCCAGGGAGCAGCUACAUGAGCAGAUCUCCGCGGCGCAGCAGCGCCUGCAGCGCAGCCGCACGUGCUGGCGCCGCUGCGUCCAAGGCGGUGGCCUCGCGGAGGCCAAAGAGGAGCGGCUCGUGAAGGCGGCGCAAAUUGCUUUGGAGGAGUCAGGUGCAGAAGCACACCAGAUGAAGAAGAACUACUUGAAGGAGAGAGACCGGCUGCGUCAGAGGCUACGCUGCCAGCGGAUGCAGCAUCGGCAGACACAACAGAAGGCCCAAGAAGAAGCUGAAACGAAGGUCAAAGCAUUAGAACUGCGAGGCCCUGAAACUCCGCCGAAAGCGGCUUCGAAAGCGACGAAAGCAGACAGGUCAAGCCAGGAUGGGGCGGAGGAGUUGAGGGAGAAGCUGAAAAGGUAUUUGGAGCAAGAGAAGGAGUUGAAGUCUCGGACUGCUGAGCUGCAAAGUUCGGCGCGGCUCUCCGAACGGGAAGCGGGCCAUAUGGAGAGCGUGGCGGAAUGGAGCGAGGAGCUGCGAAGCCUGGCGCAGCGCCGCAAGACCCAGAGGCUCCAGCUGCGACAGGCGAUGCGGGAGGAUCUCCUGAAAAGAAGAGUGGUGAUGCAUUGUCGAAAAACGGGCGCGAGAUGGGUGGGCGAAGAAAGCUUGGAUGAUCAAAGGAAACUAGGCAUUUUAGAGGCGGCAGGCGUCCAUAUCUUCAAGGAUGCAUCCACCAAUAAGGCCAGUGUCAAGCACUUUGCCAGGGUGGCGUGA